AUGACCUUCCCGAAAGACCACUGGAAAGUUUGGUCAAAUCUCAAAUUACGUCGUCGUAAUCAAAAGGAGAUUUUAAAGAAAUUUACUUUGCUUCAGCGGCAACAGGAUUUCAGGAGUUUGGAUACAUUUCAUCGUGCCGUUAGGCCAUGUCUCUUGGUGGCCCAAAUAUUUGGUCUAAUGCCCUUGGUCAAUUCCAUGGACAGCAAUCCGUAUCGUUUGGCAUUCAAAAUACCCUGCCUAGCAUUUACAACAACGUUUCUGUUCCUCUUUUUUGGUAGCUGGAAGACAUUACAUGUAUCUGAUAAUCUAUUGAAUGCCGGUCUGAAUCCGAAAAAUAUAAUUGGCAUUGUCUUCUUCUUCAUGUGCAUGACAGUUUUCCUCAAUUUCCUAAGCAUAGCCCGAGGUUGGCCUCAGCUAAUUAUGCACUGGACACGUAUCGAUUUAAUAUUCCUGAAGCCACCUUAUCAGCCACCGAAAAGGUCGCUCCAAAAACAGUUGCGAACUUUGACAAUAGUUUUUUGUAACUACUUUUUGUUGUUGUUUUUUUUUCGUUAUUUUCUUGUGCUGAUGGUCUUAGUGGAGAAUAGCCUUUACUAUGCCUCCCACUAUUAUAAUUUCCUAAUGGAACGUCUAAUUUGUCAUCCGGAGGAUACACGUCACUCUUACAAGGAAUACCUAAUAACGGCCCUGAUGAGCGAUGUCUUCACCUAUUUUGAUUAUCAUAUUAUGGUGGUGAUUUGUGCAUUUUUCAUUAAUACCGCCUUUACGGUCACAUGGAAUUUUAUGGAUUUCUUCAUUAUGGCUGUUAGUUUGGGGCUGGCCACACGUUUUCAACAGUUUGCAGAUCGCAUCGAACUCAUGAAAGGAAGUUACAUCCCCGACGCUCUAUGGAAUCAAAUACGACAGCAUCACAUCCAGCUAUGCGAAUUUAUGGAGAAGGUGAACGAACAUCUAUCGGCAAUUGUGCUUAUCUCGGCGCUAAACAAUAUGUAUUUCAUUUGUAAUCAAUUAUUAAAUAUAUUUACAAAACAUCGCUAUCCCAUUAGUAUCGUGUAUUUUUGGGUAGCAUUGGUAUUUUUACUGGGUCAUACCUGUGGUGUUUUUAUGUUUGCUUCAAGAAUACGUGAGGCUUCGCUGCUGCCCUUGAAAAUUUUGUAUUUGGUACCGAGUGGCUGUUGGACCGAGGAGGUACAACGUUUUAUGGCGCAACUAUUAGAUGAAACCGUUGGAUUGACGGGUAAAUAUUUCUAUACCGUAACACGGCAGGGGUUCUUUGGGCUAAUGUCGACAAUAGUAACAUAUGAAUUUAUGCUUCUGCAAUUGGAUUCCAAAAGUCGUGAAGACGGUCUACCUGAUUUGUGUGCUUAA